AUGGGCCGGCCCGGCGGCGGUGGGGCUGCGGCGGCCGCCAUGGACCCCGUGCGCAGCUUCGAGCGCUGGAAGAAGAAGUACACCCGGCGGACGAAGAGGCUGCGGCUGCAGCGCAAGGAGAGGAAGCGGCCCGAGUGGCAGGUGGAGCGGGAGAACAUCGGCCGCCUGGUGCAGCGCUACCCCGAGAUAAAUGCAAGUGAAAUCCAAAGAUUUUCAGAUUUUCCAUUGUCAAAGAAAACCCUAAAAGGACUGCAGGAAUCUCAGUAUCGUGUGGUAACAGAGAUUCAGAGGCAGACCAUAGGUUUGGCUUUACAAGGUAAAGAUGUACUUGGAGCUGCAAAGACUGGAUCGGGCAAAACGUUGGCCUUUAUUGUUCCAGCUUUGGAGCUCCUCUAUCGGCAGCAGUGGACUUCAGCUGAUGGCCUGGGGGUGUUGAUCAUCUCACCUACCCGGGAGCUGGCCUAUCAAACCUUCAAGGUUCUGCGCAGAGUGGGGAAGAACCAUGAGUUCUCAGCUGGCCUUAUCAUUGGAGGAAAGGAUCUGAAAGAGGAGUCUGAAAGAAUCCACCACAUAAAUAUGCUAAUUUGCACUCCAGGACGGCUUUUACAACACAUGGAUGAAACAUCAUAUUUCUAUGCAUCAGAUCUGCAAAUGUUGAUUCUUGAUGAAGCUGACAGAAUUCUAGACAUGGGGUUUGCUGAUACAAUGAAUGCAAUCAUAGAAAAUCUACCUAAGAAACGCCAGACCUUGCUUUUUUCUGCAACACAAACAAAAUCUGUGAAGGAUCUUGCACGGCUGAGUCUGAAAGAUCCAGAAUAUGUUUGGGUUCAUGAGAAAGCCAAAUUCAGUACCCCAGCAACUUUGGAUCAGAAUUAUGUUGUCUGUGAGCUUCAGCAAAAAGUAAACAUGUUAUACUCCUUCCUGAGAACUCAUUUGAAAAAGAAGAGCAUUGUGUUUUUUGCAAGCUGUAAAGAGGUUCAGUAUCUGUUCAGAGUGUUUUGUAAGCUUCAGCCUGGUCUUCCUGUCCUGGCACUCCAUGGCAAGCAGCAGCAGAUGAAGAGAAUGGAAGUGUACACUUGUUUUGUUCGGAAAAAGGCAGCAGUGCUUUUCGCUACGGAUAUCGCAGCUCGUGGCCUGGAUUUUCCAGCAGUGAAUUGGGUCAUUCAGUUUGAUUGUCCAGAAGAUGCAAACACAUAUAUCCACAGAGUGGGAAGAACAGCCAGGUACAAAGAAGGUGGUGAAGCUUUGUUGGUAUUGCUUCCUUCAGAAGAAAAAGGGAUGGUGGAACAGCUGGCACAGAGGAAAGUACCUAUCAGUGAAAUCAAAAUUAAUCCUGAAAAACUUACAGAUAUUCAAAAGAGGCUGCAAGCAUUCUUAGCUCAAGAUCAGGAGUUAAAAGAGAAAGCUCAAAGGUGUUUUGUAUCCUACUUGCGUUCAGUUUACUUAAUGAAGAACAAGGAAGUAUUUGAUGUUUUCAAAUUGCCUCUAGCAGAAUAUGCUCUGUCACUUGGUCUUGCAAUGGCACCUCGUGUGAGAUUCCUUCAAAGAGUUCAGAAGCAGCUGUGUGCAAACGAGGCAGCCAAUGCGGCAGACCCAUUGGAGGAGACAGAGCAAAAUGAGAAUGCCCUCACCUUGGUAAAUGAGGAAACAGUGGAGAAAUGUGGAACUAAUUUCAGUGGAAAAACAUCAGUUAACAAAACAAAAGAGAAGAAGAGAAGAAAAGAAGCUGAGGAAUGUUCUGUUUCCAGUGGAAGUGCUGAGGAGAGUGGCGAGUCUGAGGAUGAAUCAAAAGAAGUGUCUGAGGAGGAAGAAAAAGAAGUUCAUGUACCCAACAGAGAACCAAACUCAGACUCCAUGCAGUUCUUUGAAGAUGAUGAUGAUGAUGACGAGGAUGAUACUGAAGGUGUUGAUUUGCUGACAGUGAAACAACGGGAUGUUUUUGGUGUGGAAGCUAAAGAGAAUCCAGCACCGACCACGUCAAAAUUAAAGAUGAAGAAAAAAGCAACUAAGACCCAAGAAGCCAAAAAAAUCUUGAAGAAGAAAUUUAAAGUUAACACAAAAAUAGUUUUUACUGAAGAUGGAGAGUUAGUGCAGCAGUGGCCACCUGUGCAGAAAUCCAAUUUGGCACAAGCAGAUGAGGAAGAUGAUGCCAGUGGUAUCAACUUAGAUAAAGCCAAAGAAAUCCUGCGUGAAGAAGACAAAUUUGACAAAGAAGAAUAUAGGAAGAAAGUAAAGGAAAAACAUAGGGAGAAGAGGCUAAAAGAAAAAGCAGCAAGGAGAGAAGCCAGGAAUAAGAAUGCACAGGCUGAAGAGGAAACGGUGGCCUUUCUUGAUCACAGUGGAAGUGAAGAAGAGUUUGAUCCAAGCACUCUCCCAGAUCCUGAUAAAUUCAAAGACUCUGAUGCAGAGCAGGAUUCAGAAAGUGAAGACAGCUAUAGUGAACUUGAGGAGAAGACUGGAAGAAAGAAGAGAAGCUAUAGCAACAGUGCCACAGCAGAAGAAAUGCCACUGAAAAGAAAAAAGAUGCAUUUCAGCCAAGAGGAGGACCCCUGUUUGCCAUUAGAUACUGGGCUUUCUCUGGCAGAGGAUGAAGAGCUUGUACUGCAUCUACUCAACAGUCAAAACUAAUUAUUUCUUCUGCAGGUUUUCUUCUCUGGGACAUUUCUACAAUUUUGUCAGUAGUUUACACAAAAUGGAUUUGGCAUCUGGGCAGCUGGAUCCCUGUGAAUGUAGAUAAAUGAGUUCCACGUGCAAUGGGAUUGUCUUAGAGUGGCUCACAGGUCAUAGACAAUAUUUAGUUUGAUUUAUAAGGCUUUCUAAAUGAACUUUUCAACCUGAAUCCCCAGGUGUCAUUUUGCAGUAGCCUCUUCAUAAUUUUAAAUCUCCAAGUUUUGAAGCAAUUACCUUCUUUUAUUUUCAUCUUGCUUUAAAUGAAAACUGGAUGUUCCUUUCUUGAUCAUGCCAGGUUUGUUAUUUUGGAAGAUAUAUGUGUACUAAAAUUUUUAAGGAAGAAAUGCUGUUGGCAGCUUAGAUCAUAUUACUUAAAAAUAAAGUAUGUACUUUCUUUUGUGUAUAAGACACACAUUUAAAAAAUAUUUUAAUAAAAAUUUCUAGAGCCUUGAUGUAAA